CCCGACAGAAUGGCUCCCGCAAAGAAGGGUAGUGAGAAGAAGAAGGGCCAUCCUGCCAUCCACGAUGUGGUGACCCGAGAAUACACCAUCAACAUUCACAAGCACAUCCAUGGAGUGGGCUUCAAGAAACAUGCUCCUCAGUCACUCAAAGAAAUUCGGAAUUUUGCCAAGAAGGAGAUGGGGACUCCAGAUGUGCGCAUAGACACCAGGCUCAAUAAAGCUGUCUGGGCCAAGGGAAUAAAGAAUGUUCCGUACCGCACCCGAGUACGUUUGUCCAGAAAGCAUAAUGAGGAUGAGGAUUCACCAAACAAGCUCUACACACUGGAAACUUUCGUGCCUGUUACCACAUUCAAAAAUCUACAGAUGGUCAAUGUGGAUGAGAACUAACUGCUGAAUGUCAAAUAGUUACAGAACUGCCUCCAGAAGGAAAAAAAACAAAACAAAAUUAUACAUGAGCAAGUUAUUUCUGUCUUA